CCUCAAAUAUCUUCUCCUCCAUUUCCAUUUUCAAAUGUCAUAAAACCCUAAACCCCGAAUUGCAGUGUAUAGGGUUUCUCUUACCAUCUUCUCACCACACCCAACAACAACAUGUUAACUGCGAUUCUCAGAAGAACUUGUUCCACUCUUUCGCGGCGCACUUUUCCCGCCGCCAUCAUCUCCGCCUCCGCCGCCGUCGAGCCCCGGCAACUCUCCACCGCCUUCAAUUCGAGAACCUUCCACUCGAAACCAUCCUUGAAUUUCUACUCCUCACUGUCUCAUCGCGCAGAAUAUGCAGUGGACGUUUUCCCACACGAAGAAGGGUCCAAAGGAAACGCCGACGAAGGUCUCGAGAUCGCGAAGCUUGGGAUUUCUCAGGAUAUUGUUUCUGCUUUGGCUAAGAAAGGCAUCACCAAGCUUUUCCCCAUUCAGAGGGCUGUGCUGGAACCUGCUAUGCAAGGUCGUGAUAUGAUCGGUCGAGCUAGAACAGGAACUGGGAAGACUCUUGCAUUUGGGAUACCCAUCAUGGAUAAGAUCAUUCAGUUUAAUGCUAAGCAUGGGCGAGGCAGGGAUCCUCUAGCUUUGGUUUUGGCUCCAACUAGAGAACUUGCACGACAGGUUGAAAAGGAGUUCUAUGAGGCGGCACCUAACUUAGACACUAUUUGUGUUUAUGGGGGUACACCCAUCUCUAAACAAAUGAGGCAGCUUGAUUAUGGUGUUGAUAUUGCAGUGGGGACGCCUGGUCGAAUUAUUGACCUUCUCAACAGAGGUGCUCUAAAUUUGAAGGAAGUUCAAUUUGUUGUUCUUGAUGAAGCUGAUCAGAUGCUUCAAGUGGGUUUUCAGGAGGAUGUGGAGAAGAUCUUGGAGAGGUUGCCCCCAAAUCGUCAGACUCUGAUGUUCUCUGCUACAAUGCCAUCUUGGAUAAAGCAGAUUACACGCAACUACCUAAAAAAUCCCCUGACCAUUGAUCUUGUUGGAGAUUCUGAUCAGAAGUUAGCUGAUGGGAUUGCACUGUAUUCAAUUGCAACUGAUAUGUAUGUUAAAGCAGGAGUUCUUGCACCUCUAAUAACAGAACAUGCCAAGGGAGGAAAGUGUAUUGUUUUCACUCAAACAAAACGUGAUGCGGAUCGAUUAUCAUAUACCAUGGCUAAAAGUCUUCAAUGUGAAGCUUUGCAUGGAGAUAUAUCACAAGCUCAGAGGGAAAGAACUCUUGCUGGUUUCAGGAGUGGCCAUUUUAAUGUUUUAAUCGCAACCGAUGUUGCUUCACGUGGGCUUGAUAUACCUAAUGUUGAUCUUAUAAUACAUUAUGAUCUUCCCAAUUCCUCAGAGAUAUUUGUUCACCGAUCUGGACGAACAGGUCGUGCUGGUAAGAAAGGAACUGCCAUUCUUGUGUAUACUGAACAUCAAUCGAAGGCAGUUAGGCUGAUUGAGCGUGAUGUGGGCUGUAGAUUUACAGAGCUACCAAGGAUUGCCGUUGAUAGUGGAUCAGUGGACACAUUUGGUGGCAUGGGUGGUGGGCCAUAUGGUUCUUUUGGAGGUGCAAGGGAUCGUCGAUAUGGAGAUACAGGUUUUAGCCGUGGUUCUGGAUUUGGCCGCACUGGGGGCUACAAUAACUCUGGAUCUGGCCGCUCUAGCUUUGGAAACUCUAGUGAAAGAUUUGGUGGACCAAGUUCUAAUCGGUUUGGUGGCCCUAGUUUUAAUCAAUCAGGAGGGGGAUUUUCUGGUAAUUCAUCUGGUGAAAUGAAUAGAUAUGGUGGACCAAGCUCUGGUCGUUAUGGCUCAUCUGGUGGCUCUGGUUCAGGUCAAUCAGGGAGUAGAUCUGGUGGAUCAUCCGGUGGGUUUAAAUUUGGUCGCUCAGAUAAUUUUGGGGUAUUUGGUGGUUCAGAUCAUUCAGGUGGUUUUGGAGAUCUUCGCUCAGGUCAGUAUAGUGGCUUUGGUGAUUCUCGUGGUAGUAAGUAGAACAGUCGAAGAAGACCAUUUUAACUUCAUAAAUAUAAAAAAUGCACCAUCUUUAUUUCUUGAUGGUUUAGUCGUUGUAGAGUUAGCUUCUGUCAUUUCCUCGAAAACUUACAGGCACCUAGGCUAAUCUUUGUAUCUCAAAGGAUUGGAGAAGGUUAUAUAUAGCAUGAGAGAAUCAUAAGUUCCAUGGGCACUGGAUUUUUCUUUUCUGGGACUUCUGCCUCAGCCUCAGCUGUAUUGUUUUUUGCUCCUUUUAUUAAAAGAAGAAAAAGAAAGGAAAGGCUGUAUUCGGUGGGUUCCAUCAUCUAUCGUGAAUUUUUUGGCUCGUUAACCUCUCUCCAUGGGCAUUGAAUGAUCCUGAAAAUACGUACUUAUAUGCAUGGGUGUUUUGAAGUAAGUUUAUGGAGUGGCGAUUCAGUUUUGAAUGUAUUUAUGUUCCCGAAAGUAGUUAAUGGGCAGAUAAAAUUUCCAAGAAAGCUGCAGGGUUCUCUGCUGUUUUAUUUUAUACUACAAUUUUAUUAUGCAAGAAAAUUCUCAUAUAAUAUGUAAUUUUAAUCAUCAGUGAUUUGUGUUUCACCCCUCGCCCGCGCUUACUUCUGGUUUGAUAAAAUAAUUAGAGAAUCA